GAUCAUUCAUCGAUUCUAACUUUCUCAUUUACUACUGCAAAACCAAACUCAAGUCGAGUAAAAUGUGUAAAUAAUUGUUCAAAGCCUGCCAGCCAGCCUGUGCCUUACAUAAGUGGAUAUAAUAACGGAUUAAAUUAUAAAGUAACUAACCAAACUACAAGUUCACCCACGUGUUUUCGCGCCAAAAAUAGUACUUAUUCUAAUUUCAACGUAGAACGUCGUUUUGGGUAAUUUAUAGUGAAAUAUAAAUUAAAAUGCGUGAGAUAGUGCACCUACAAGCCGGCCAGUGCGGCAAUCAAAUUGGAUCGAAGUUCUGGGAGAUAAUUUCCGACGAGCAUGGCAUCGACACAACCGGCCAUUACCACGGCGAUAGCGACCUGCACGACCUGCAGUUGGAGCGUAUACAAGUCUACUACAACGAGGCUGCUGAUGGAACUCGCUUCGUGCCCCGCGCAGUGCUGGUGGACCUGGAACCUGGCACCAUGGACGCCAUCCGCUCUUCCACCUACGGCCAGCUGUUCCGUCCGGAUAACUUCGUCUUCGGCCAGAGCGGAGCCGGUAACAACUGGGCGAAAGGCCACUACACCGAGGGCGCGGAGCUGGUGGACGCCGUCAUGGACGUAGUCAGGAAGGAGUCAGAAGGCUGCGACUGUCUUCAAGGGUUCCAGCUGACGCACUCCCUGGGCGGAGGCACGGGCUCCGGCCUCGGCACGCUGCUGCUCAGCAAGCUGCGCGAGGAGUACCCCGACCGCAUCGUCAACACCUUCAGCGUGAUGCCCUCACCCAAGGUGUCCGACACGGUAGUAGAGCCCUACAACGCCACUCUCUCCGUGCACCAGCUGGUAGAAAACACGGACGAGACCUUCUGUAUCGACAACGAAGCACUCUACGACAUCUGCUUCAGGACUCUAAGGCUCUCGGAGCCUACGUAUGGAGACCUCAACCAUCUCGUGUCGCUGACAAUGUCCGGAGUGACGACAUGCCUCCGGUUCCCCGGACAACUCAACGCUGAUCUUCGGAAGUUAGCCGUCAACAUGGUGCCCUUCCCUCGCCUGCACUUCUUCAUGCCCGGGUUCGCCCCACUGACCGCCAGAAACAGCCAAGGCUACAGAGCUCUCACAGUACCAGAAUUAACGCAACAGAUGUUCAGCCCCGGCAACAUGAUGACGGCGUGCGACCCGCGUCACGGGCGCUACCUCACCGUGGCCGCCAUCUUCCGCGGCCGCAUGUCCAUGAAGGAGGUCGACGAACAGAUGCUCACUGUGCAGGACAAGAACUCCAGUUACUUCGUGGAGUGGAUCCCUAACAACGUGAAGGUGGCCGUGUGCGACGUGCCGCCGCGCGGCGUCAAGAUGGCGGCCACGUUCGUCGGCAACUCGACGGCUAUACAGGAGAUCUUCAAGCGCAUCUCGGAACAGUUCACCGUCAUGUUCCGGCGCAAGGCGUUCCUCCACUGGUACACCGGCGAGGGCAUGGACGAGAUGGAGUUCACGGAGGCCGAGAGCAACAUGAACGACCUGGUGUCCGAAUACCAGCAGUAUGAGGAGGUGGGAGUAGAAGAUGUAGAAUUCGAUGAACAAGAAGAAAUGGCCGGAGACGAAUAUCCUGAGGAAGGUUAAGUCGUAGUCAACUUCUCAUAGCUUUUGCUACACUCUGGGCGUGUUGGGACUACCUAGACUAGCUUGCCGGGGACUCUUAACAACGCUGCCAUGAAAUUAAACCAUUGUUACCAAUCACUAAUGAUGUAUUAACGGAUAUGACGCAUUUUACUGUGGAUAUUAGUUAUACAAUUGUACCCAGAGUGUAACAAAUAGCCAUGUGAUUGAACAACAAACUUAUGAGUAUAGAAAUACGUACAAACAUCCCUUUGGUUGUAAAAUGUGUACUGAGUGUCCAAGCUGCUGUUACGUUAGAGUGUAAGAACUAUUGUUUUACAAAAUAUAAGUAGUUGGUUAUUUGUUUGGAUAUUUAUAGUUUUUUUAACUUCAUUAUAUAUGUAAUCAUUCCUUUGUAGAUUUUGCAGCUUUUUGUUAAGAAAUUUUGUUAAUUUUUUGACAAAUAUGCAUAGUUUUUAUAAUUUAGACAGCAUAUUGAUGAUUUAUCUAUACUCAUAGACACAUCAAUUUUAAAAUAUGUUGAAAAACAAACUGUUAAUCAAUAGCCGGGUCCACACAGAGCAAG